GACACAAGUGACAAGUGACAAACUGACAACUGUCAACUGCAAGCUAAAAAAAAACAAUGUUUUGGAUUUUUUUAUUUUUAUUAAAAGUAAUUUAACGCUUUAUUUUCCGUAUUUUUAAAACAGUGCUUUCCUAAUGAUUAAAUCCUGUUUUUAAAAUACUUGAGCGUUGCGGGAUUUAUAGAGUUAAAAAUGUCGGAAUCCUGUAAGGACAACGAAAAUCCGCUCGAUAUCGAUGGCAGUAAUUUUAACUCGGAAAUGUAUUUAGAAUGCCUUUUGAAAUGCGCAACUCUUCGCCAAGUGAUGGACAAAGAAGCGGAGGUCGUAACCCAAAGCCAAUUCUUGCAAUCGGAAAUGCAAACUUUGGUGUACGAGAAUUAUAACAAGUUCAUAUCUGCCACGGAGACUGUGCGUAAAAUGCGUUCAGAUUUCCAAAUUAUGCAGGAAGAAAUGAACAAACUUAGCGAGAACAUAAACAAUAUAACAGAAUUUAGCUCGAAGAUAUCUGAUAAUUUGAAAGAAAGUGGCAAUAAUGUCAACAGACUAUGCAGCACGCGCCAGUUGCUGGACAAGCUGCAAUUCGUGUUCCUGUUGCCGACGCAGCUGAACAAAGCUAUAGAAGAAAACAGAUACGUAGACGCCGUUCAUGACUACACUCACGCCCAAAGAGUCCUCCAGAAGUACGGCAACCAACCAUCGUUUCAAAGCAUUCAAACAGAAUGUUCAGAAAUAAUUUGCGACUUGAAAAAGACACUUAGAGAACGACUCCUUACACCUGACACUUCAGCCUCAGAGUUGGCUGAAAGUGUAGGCUUAUUGAGACAGCUACAGGAAACUGAUUCCUCAUUGCAGGAUAUAUUUUUAACAUGUGCUGAGAAUAGACUAGAACAACACUUGAAAAAUUUAUGUGGUAUAAUUGAAAAUGUUGACAUACUGGAAUGGGUGGAGAAAUGUAACAAUACCCUAUUGGCAGACUUGGGUAUUGUCAUCUCAUGCUACCAUGACAUUUUCCAAGACAGCGAGAAUGCUAAUCUUCCUGAAUUUGCUGAUAAAAUAACUACACAAGUGUUCCAUCUGUUUGAGGAAGUAGUCAAAAAGCCUGAGAACAUAGGAACUGAAAUAUUGAUCAGAGGCUUGGACAAGUUUUUCAGAAAACUGCAAGCAAUGUCUGAAAUUAUAUCCAGUGAUACAGUUUCUAACAAAGCUCAAGAUGUUGUCAUUCAAUGUAUUGACCACAAAGCUACAAUGCAGUACCAACUCAUACAGACACAGUUCAAAGAAAAUCUUAUGAGAGUGAGACAGUCUCUUGCCAGUAAAGGGUCAGAAACUGUGGACCUCAAAGACAUUUUGAAUUCUCUUCAAAUACAUUUGAUGCAGAAGGUCCAAGCUUCCUUAUUAGAUUUAAUGGCAUUCUUGCAAAAUAAACUCUCUUUUGGCUUGAAACCAUGGUGUGGUAAAGCAGUUGCAGAUGCUUGUUGGACAGUUAUUUCAGAAACCCUUAAAAACCUAUCAGACAUGGUGAAAGAUAUGGCUUCUAUGCAAACAUCGAAUAACAUACCCUUUGAACUACUCUUGAUACUUGCAAAGUUAUGUUUGGAGAUCCAAGAAAAUGGAGUGACAACAUUACAUUCUCAUCUUCUUAAACUUUUAGAGGAAUCAGCACCAGGACUGACAGUCAAGGACAAAGACACUAACAGUGUCAUGGUCCAUUUGUCGACUGCUGCCCAGGCGGCUUUGGACUCUGAAGUAGUUUUUAUAGGGCAAAUGGCAGCACAAAUGUUGAGAGUAUCUGUGUUAGCAAGAGAUUGGUUGCGAGCACCUGAACCGAGAGGGCCUCGCGCUGUGUGUCGCAGGGUUGUAGAAACGCUGGCGAGCGCAGACACUGCUGCAUCACAGCUGUUUCCCACAAGUAUUAAACCAUCUAGUGACUCAAGUCGCAGAACAAUUUGGUCUAGAGCACCAUCUUCAUUCUCACCUAUAAAUCGUAUCUUCUCUGAAAGAAUUGAAGUUUUUAGCCCAGCUGGUGCAGAUAGAGCUGCAUUGUCUAACGGAGCAUUAAAGGUUGCUCUAAAAGCAUUAGUAGAGUGUGUAAGAUUACGUACAUUCAGUCGCCAUGGAUUGCAACAGUUGCAAGUUGAUGUUCAUUUCCUUCAACAAAGAUUGUCGUGUAUGGGCAAUGACGAAAGGUUGCUGAAUGCUUUACUGGAAGAUGCUUUGGCUUCUGCUCAGUUAAGAUGUGUUGAUCCACAGCUUAUGGAACCUAGUAUCGUAGAUAUAAUUUGUGAAAGAGGUUGAUUUGUAAAGUAUUUUAUAGUUAUUAAGAGUAUGUAUUUUGAUGUUUAAGAUUAAAUAAUAUAUGCAAUAUAUCUAACUAAA